AAGUGAAAUGAAACUCUCUCCCUUCGCAGCAUUUGGCUAAAACCUUGGUAUUUCUUGCUGAGUCCACCUGACUGAUGCCAUCGCUGAAAGACAAACAAGAACACAUGGAAAAUGUGACUUUCAGGGAAUGAAUAAGACUGCAGGUUCCAUGGAGGGAGAGACCCCUGGUGAAUCUGGUACCUGGGCAGCGCCAUGCAUGCUGCCGUGAGCAACCAGGGUGUCCUCGUGAGCAGCUGCAGAGCCUGGAGUCUCCCCACGGUCGGGACACGCUCAUUCCGAGAAACUCCAAACGGCUCCCCAGACUUAUCAUGAAAGAAGUCAAGGACACCUCCCUGGGGAAGCAAUGAUUCAGCGGAGUUCCAAGAUGCAUGGUCACGGAGGCUAUGACUCUGAUUUUAGUGAUGAUGAACACUGUGGAGAAUCUAACAAAAGGAAAAAAAGGAAAGUUGAAGAUGAUUUACUGCUCAAAAAGCCAUUUCAGAAAGAAAAACAUGGAAAGGUGGUCCAUAAACAAGUUGCAGUGGAAUUGCUGGAUAGGGAAGAAGCAAGAAAUAGAAGGUUUCAUCUCAUAGCUAUGGAUGCUUAUCAAAGGCAUACAAAGUUUGUAAAUGACUAUAUUUUAUACUAUGGUGGCAAAAGAGAAGACUUCAGGCGAUUGGGGGAAAAUGACAAAACAGACAUGGAUGUUAUACGAGAAAAUCAUAGAUUCCUAUGGAAUGAGGAGGAUGAAAUGGACAUGAAUUGGGAGAAGAGACUUGCAAAGAAAUACUAUGAUAAAUUAUUUAAGGAAUACUGCAUAGCAGAUCUCAGCAGGUACAAAGAAAAUAAGUUUGGAUUUAGGUGGCGCGUAGAAAAAGAAGUAAUUUCAGGAAAAGGCCAGUUUUGCUGUGGAAAUAAAUGCUGUGAUAAAAAAGAAGGCUUAAAGAGUUGGGAGGUUAAUUUUGGUUAUAUUGAGCAUGGUGAAAAGAGAAAUGCGCUUGUUAAAUUAAGAUUAUGCCAAGAAUGUUCCUUUAAAUUAAAUUUUCAUCACAGGAGGAAAGAAGUCAAAUCAAAAAAAAGAAAGGAUAAAGCCAAAAGAGAUUCUCAAGAAUCAUCGCAUGAAAGAUCUGGAUUAUCUUCUGUAGAAGAGACCUCUAAGAAAAAGGACAAAGGAGGCUCUGAUGAGGAAGAAAGUACUUCAGCAUCCGAACUUUGGAAGGGCCCAUUACCAGAGACAGAGGAAAAAUCACAGGAAGAAGAAUUUGAUGAAUAUUUUCAAGAUUUGUUUCUGUGAGAUGGAAGAGGGAUGCUUACAUUCCUUAAUGUGAAAGUAUACUUUGAAACUCUUCACAAAAGUUUUGUCUACAAGUUGCAACUUCAGUAGUUUGUCUUUGGAAAUAAAAAUGGAGCUACUCUCAGAA